CGCUAACGGUCAACGGUCGAUCCAACCUCUCAGGAGCAUAGCAAGCUGGGCGGCCGCGUCGUGUCGCUGUUCUCGGGUCCCUGUGGCCAUGGAAGACGCGCUUCUCGGUGCCAUGACUGGCCCCGAAGACGAGCUGGGCGCCGAGCUGUUCGGGUCAGAGCGUGCGUUCGCGGACGGGCUGGCGCUGAGCCCCGCGGGCGGUGCGGCCGAUCGGAAUGAGCUGCCCGUACUGGCGGACGCCUACCUGGGCGCCACCGAGCCGGGGGAGCCGCUGCUGCGUGCGCUCAGCCCCCCGCCGGGCGCUGAGGUACCGGCCACCCUGCUCGGCGACUUCCCAGGGCUGCCUGAGCUCCGCAGCUCAGACGACGCCGCUCCACCUCCCGCCUACAGCGUGCACGUGCUGUCGUCGUUACUUCCAGGCGCUCGUGGGCCCGCGCUGUUGCCGCUAAGCGCAGGAGUGCGCGUGAUCCCAGUGGAAAUCAAAGAAGCAGGUGCCAGUGUGCCAGGGAGCAGCCCUGAAGAUGCAGCAGCUUUCCAGGCCUCUCUGGCUCAGGAAUCCUGCUGCAAGUUCCCAUCAUCCCAGGAGACAGAGGAGGCCUCCAGCUGCCCUCGGAAGAAAGACUCCAGCCCCAUGGUGAUUUGUCAGCUGAAAGGAGGUGCGCAGAUGCUCUGCAUAGACAACUGUGGCACGAGGGAGCUCAAAGCACUCCAUUUGCUUCCUCAGUACGAUGACCAGAGCAGCUUCCCACAGUCAGAACUCCCUAAGCCAAUGACAACUUUAGUGGGAAGACUUCUGCCAGUACCAGCAAAGUUAAACCUCAUCACACAGGUUGAUAAUGGAGCUCUCCCAUCGGCUGUCAAUGGGGCUGCAUUUCCCUCCGGACCUGCUCUGCAAGGGCCACCCAAAAUAGCUCUGGCUGGGUACUGUGACUGCUUCUCCAGCGGGGACUUCUGCAACAGCUGCAGCUGCAACAACCUGCGCCAUGAGCUCAAGCGCUUCAAAGCCAUUAAGGCGUGUCUUGAUAGAAACCCUGAAGCUUUCCAACCAAAAAUGGGGAAAGGCCGGCUGGGAGCUGCUAAGCUUCGACACAGCAAAGGGUGCAACUGUAAGCGCUCAGGCUGCCUGAAGAACUACUGUGAGUGCUAUGAGGCCAAAAUCAUGUGUUCUUCCAUUUGCAAAUGCAUUGCUUGCAAAAACUAUGAAGAAAGUCCAGAGCGAAAAAUGCUGAUGAGCACACCCCACUACAUGGAGCCUGGGGACUUUGAGAGCAGCCACCAUCUGUCCCCAGCCAAGUUCUCAGGACCUCCAAAACUGAGAAAAAAUAGGCAGGCCUUCUCCUGUAUCUCCUGGGAAGUAGUGGAGGCCACAUGUGCCUGCCUGCUGGCCCAGGGGGAGGAGGCAGAGCAGGAGCGCUGCUCCCCAAGCUUGGCUGAGCAGAUGGUCCUGGAGGAGUUUGGAAGGUGCCUGUCGCAGAUUCUCCACAUCGAGUUCAAGUCCAAGGGGCUGAAAAUUGAGUAGAGUGCAAGCUGGUAAAGGGGAAUGCCUGUGGCAAGCCUCAGCCCUGGGGAGUCUGCACCGAGGAAGCUGGUGCGGAGGGAGGAGCAGGAGGCCCCGCAUCAUGGCCAGGUCAGCUGUGAGGUCUGAGUGAUCUGCGUGGUAUUGGCCAGCCUAUUCAAGGCAUCCUAAAGUGCAAGCAAGCAGAGCUGCCCUGGGGAUGGACACUGGCCCUCUUGUCCCUGGGGAGGCCUUCUAGGGACCCCCUAUCCUGCAUAAGAAGAGGGUGGCUUUCUGCUUGUUGUUAUAUGCUUGCUUUUCAAAUCGCUUAGUACCUCCAUUCAAGUUGUUAUGAGCCGGCUGUUAUGAGCCGGCUUCAAGAGAGCUAGUCUCCACAGGUGGACUCUGCCCAAGUCACAUACAGGUCAGGUGGCCAGCAGGGGUCUACCAGGCCAGGCCUAUGACAGGAGAUGUGGGAGGGGGGUCAGGUUGGAGCUGGGUUUGUUUGGGUUUUUGUUUUUCUGUAUUUCUGCUUGAAGUGGGAAAACUUGUCUCCUGUCCAAAUCCUCUUCUCCAUAAUUACUGCUGCACUGUCGCCUGCAGACCAGUCACAGUGACCUCAGACAUCAGCAGGUGAGGUGGGACAUUAUGCCCACACUUUGUGUUUUGUUAUGAGAGUAAGCCUUUCCAGAGUCCCAGUUGGAACUAGGUUAGUAGCUGAAAAUAUAUUUGUCUUAAUACCC